CUGGACUCUCGACCCUCUUCUUCAGCUCUCUCUCGCUCUGUGGAACUCUCUCUCUCUCUCUCUAGAAUCGAAGAUGGAGAGUAGCUCGACUCGAGUCAUCUCUAUCUUCUUCUCUCUACUCCUCCUAAUUUCAUCUGCAAGCUCGUUCUAUCUCCCAGGUGUCGCUCCUCGUGAUUUCCAAAGGGGCAAUCUCCUCCAAGUUAAAGUGAACAAGCUGUCAUCAACAAAGACACAACUUCCAUAUGACUACUAUUUCUUGAAGUACUGUAAGCCCACCAAAAUUGUGAACAGUGCAGAAAAUUUGGGAGAGGUCCUUCGAGGUGACCGCAUAGAGAAUUCCAUCUAUACUUUUCAUAUGAGGGAGGAGCAGCCAUGCAAAGUGGCCUGCCGACAAAAACUUGAUUCUGAAUCUGCAAAGAACUUUAAGGAAAAAAUUGAUGAUGAAUAUAGAGUUAACAUGAUUCUGGACAACCUUCCAGUUGCUGUUCUUAGACAAAGGAGGGAUGGGAGUCAGUCAACCACUUAUGAACAUGGUUUCCGCGCUGGGUUCAAAGGAAAUUAUGCAGGGAGCAAAGAAGAGAAGUAUUUUAUCAAUAACCACUUGAGCUUUAGAGUCAUGUAUCACAAGGAUCCAGAGACUGAUUCUGCCCGAAUUGUGGGGUUUGAGGUUUCUCCAAACAGUAUUAAUCAUGAGUACAAGGAAUGGGAUGAUAAGAACCCUCAGUUGACGACGUGCAACCAGAACACCAAAAAUAUAAUUCAAGGUAGCACUGUCCCACAGGAAGUUGAUACUAAUAAGGAGGUUGUAUUUACAUAUGAUGUUUCCUUCAAGGAAAGUGAUAUCAAAUGGGCAUCACGUUGGGACACCUACCUCCUCAUGAACGAUGAUCAGAUCCAUUGGUUCUCCAUCAUUAACUCCCUGAUGAUUGUCCUCUUCCUUUCUGGCAUGGUAGCCAUGAUCAUGAUGAGAACUUUGUACAGAGAUAUUGCAAAUUAUAAUCAAUUGGAAACACAAGAUGAAGCUCAGGAAGAAUCAGGAUGGAAACUUGUUCAUGGAGAUGUUUUCAGGGCACCUACUAAUUCCGGAUUACUUUGUGUUUAUGUGGGGACUGGUGUUCAGAUCUUUGGAAUGACAGUUGUGACAAUGAUGUUUGCGUUGCUGGGUUUCUUAUCACCUUCUAAUCGAGGUGGGCUUAUGACUGCCAUGGUUCUCCUUUGGGUUUUCAUGGGUUUGUUCGCUGGUUAUUCCUCUGCACGAUUAUACAAAAUGUUUAAGGGCACAGCAUGGAAGAGGAAUACCUUGAAAACUGCUUUUAUGUUUCCUGGUAUUCUUUUUGCCAUCUUUUUUGUGCUGAAUUCUCUAAUCUGGGGAGAAAAAUCUUCUGGAGCGAUACCAUUUGGGACGAUGUUUGCUCUUGUGUGCUUAUGGUUUGGAAUAUCUGUGCCCUUGGUGUUUGUAGGCAGUUACUUGGGCUUCAAAAAACCAGCCAUUGAAGAUCCAGUAAAAACAAACAAAAUCCCAAGGCAGAUACCGGAGCAGGCAUGGUACAUGAAGCCGGUCUUCUCUGUACUUAUUGGAGGCAUUCUACCAUUUGGGGCUGUUUUCAUUGAACUAUUCUUUAUUCUGACCUCCAUAUGGCUGAACCAGUUCUAUUACAUCUUCGGAUUCCUAUUCAUAGUUUUCGUUAUCCUUAUAAUCACAUGUGCCGAGAUUACUAUCGUACUCUGUUAUUUCCAGUUGUGCAGUGAAGACUAUUAUUGGUGGUGGAGGGCUUACCUUACUUCUGGGUCCUCUGCUUUAUACCUUUUCCUCUACUCGGUUUUCUACUUCUUCACAAAAUUGGAAAUUACAAAGCUGGUUUCAGGAAUCCUGUACUUUGGGUAUAUGCUGAUUGGUUCAUAUGCCUUCUUUGUGUUGACGGGAACAAUUGGCUUUUACGCUUCAUUCUGGUUUGUGCGGAAGAUCUACUCCUCUGUGAAGAUUGAUUGAUGUAAAGAUGCUAGGAUAGGGCAGUGUCUUGAGUAUCAAUAAGGAGAGAAUUCUAUGUGGAGUAGAUGAAUUUGAGACCUGAAAUGAAGCAUAAAGAGGCUGUAUCUGCUUUUGUACUAUAAGGGGUGCACUCUAUGGAAAGUAUUCCCAACCUCACCAGACCACCUUCAACUUGCUGAUAGCUUAGGGCUUGGCUUGUAUGUUACAUUUUCUGGUUUUGUUUAUACCAAUGUUAUUUGCUAUGAACUUCCCGACUUCAUCAUUAUGCAUAGAAGCUUUAGCAGUUUCUGUGCGAGAACCUUUAGUGGAGAUGAUACUUAUUGCAAAACAUUUUGAUAUUAUUAGCAAUGCAGAAUUGAUCAUUAGUUAGUGGAA